AUGGCAACACCAUUACAAGAUAUCACAAAUAUACCUCCUCAACAAUACUCUAUAUCAGAUACUCACAAUAACACCGGAGCUGGUUCAAGUAAUAUACCAAACGAUCCAAAUAUGGAAAUUAGACAAAAUGUUCGAGCAUCCCAUAAUUGUGCUCGAAAUUUUCAAGAAGAUGGAACAAUAAUUCGAACUCCACUACCAGUCCCAAGGACAUGUCAUUACUGUAGCGCACGUCUAUUUCACCAUGAGACGUUCGAGAUGUGCUGUAAUAGGGGAAAAGUCUCUCUUCCCCGAGUAAAUGCUCCUCAGGAAUUGCUUGAAAUCUUCUUGGACCCCUCUGCAGAAGGAAACCAUUUUAGAAAACAUAUUCGUGGAUACAAUCAUGUAUUUUCCUUCACUUCAUGUGGUGUGCACAUAGACGAACAACUGGCUAUAACAGGUCGUGGUAUAUAUACAUUUCGUCUUGCACAACGGUCAGAUGUACAUGAGUGUAGUUUGGUCAUUAGAGAGGGACCUGCUAAUCAGCCACAAUAUAGUCUUCCAACUGCGUCGCAGGUAGCAGCCAUAAUUGUUGGUGAUGACAUUGAAACAAUGAUUCGUGGGCGAUAUAUUAAGGUGCAAACUCAUGCUGGUAGCCUACGAAGGAUUCAGGAAUUCGUUGGCUAUUACGAUCCACUACAAUGUCCUCUUCUUUUUCCAUUUGGAACUCAUGGAUGGGAUAUCAAUACCCGAAGUCAAAGUGGCGGCAAAGUAUCAUGCCGAACAUAUAAUAGUUAUAUGCUCCAGAUCCGCCCCGAUGAUCAUUCCACCGUAUUGCAAGCAGGACGACUACUACAACAAUAUAUUGUUGAUAACUAUGUGAAAAUUGAAACCGGAAAGUUAAGAUGGGUUCGAAAUAGACAGAAGAAAUUACGGGCUGAAUUAUACCAAGGUUUACAAGAUGCUUUGCACACAGGAGAAACUAAUGCAGAAAAUGUUGGAAGAAAAAGAACAAUAUUACCGUCGUCGUUCAUUGGUAGCCGUCGCGACAUGACCAAACGAUAUGAAGAUGGAAUGGCGAUUGUUCUUAAAGAGGGAAAGCCAGAUAUUUUUCUCACAAUGACAUGCAAUCCAUCUUGGACUGAAAUAACUUCAGAACUCAACCCAGUUCAAACUCCACAAGAUCGUCCAGAUCUAACAACAAGAAUUUUUCGAGCCAAAUUUGAACAGCUGAAAGAGGAUGUAAUUACUAAGGGUGUCUUGGGAAAGGUGAAGAGCUAUAUUUAUGUCACUGAGUUUCAAAAAAGAGGGUUGCCACAUGUACAUAUGUUGCUAAUCUUAGAAAACAAUGACAAGUUAAUUGACCCGGAGCAUUAUGAUAGUUUGGUACGUGCAGAGAUACCAUCUAAAGAAGUAGAACCACACCUACAUGAUGCUGUGCUAAAACAUAUGAUUCAUGGUCCUUGCGGUACACUUGAUCAAUCUUCACCCUGCAUGAAAAAUGGCAAAUGUAAACGUAACUACCCAAAAGAGUUCGCAGCAGAAACACGAAGAGGUGACGACUCAUAUCCGCAAUAUAGGCGACGAUUCGACACUCCAGUACAAAUUAACCAAAAUGUCACGGUUGACAAUAGAUGGGUAGUUCCGUACAACCCUUGGCUACUACUAAAGUAUGAUUACCAUAUUAAUGUUGAGACAUGUAGUAGCAUCAAGAGUAUAAAAUAUCUCUACAAAUAUUCGUCGGCGCAAGACACAGAGGAGAUCCAUCGGUAG